AUGUCUCUUACUAAUCUUCAAAACCUCGCUCUUAAUAUUUUAAAAGAAACAAAACAUAAUGCAGUACAAAAUAUUGAUAUUAUAGAAUUAUCAUCAUAUAAAAUAUGUAAUAAAAAAAUUUUAACGAUUAACUUUGAAUCACUUACAAUACUUUCAUGCGAUCAUGUAUAUUAUAAGAAAUGCAUUGAAAAAAAUUUUUUAUUUAUAAAAGAAAACAAAUGCCUUAUUACUGAAUGCAAAAAAACUAUUGAUCUUAUAAUAUUUAAACAAAGGUUUUCCAAAUCAUCUCAAUCUAAUGAAACUUCAGUUAUUGCAGAUAUGUUAGGCAAUAAUCUUAGGCUAUAUUCACCAAUAAAUACAUUAUUAUUUGAAGGUGAAAUACAAAAAAAACAUGUUAGAGAACCUACAAAUAAACCAUCUAAUAAAAAAGUAAAGAAACUAGUUAAAAAAGAAUCAGACAUAUUAGAAGAUCUUAUAAAAGAAUUAUCUACUGAACCCAAAACUCAAGUUCCUGUAAUUAGAAAAGAAAAUGUUAUUAGUUUUAAUGAUUUAUAUAAUAAUAUAACUAAUUCAGAAAUGCAAAAUGAAAUUACUAAUCGGGAUGUUAUAACCAACUAUUAUCUUUUUGGUAAAGCUCUAUCAGAACAACUUAAGCAUCAUGAGAAAACAAAUCCCCCAUAUGCUUCUUUGUUGCUAGUUAAUAAAGAAGUUAGAGAGCAAAUUCCCAAUAUUACAGAUACUACAUUGUGGAAGAAG